AUGCUGCGCCACGUGCUGUGCGUGUUGGCCCUCGCGCUGUGCUGCUGCACCUCUUUGUGCGCGGCAACAAGUGGUGAUGGUGGUGGUGCAGGAGAUUCACUUUCGCAGACCGCUGAGGGGCAAGUGAAGGGCGCAGCAAUUCUUGCUGUAAAGGACGCUGCAGCGGAGGCGGAAAAGGCCACAGCGGCGGCGGGUGCACUUGAUGCACAGUUGAAGAAGUCGGUAGAGGCAAUGGAGGCUGCACUUACAGCCGCAAGCGCGGUCGGUGAAACAGCUGUGCAAGAAGCAGUGAAGGCGGCUAAAGCGAGGGAGAAACCAACCGAAACAUCGAUUAAAGAGGUACCUGAGGUCAUAAAAAUAAAAAAUCUCAUGAAUGCUUCGCUUUGGGUGAAGUGGCAACUUGUGCUGUUGGCGGAUGAGACGAAAGAGGCCAACGAGGCUGAGAAGACCAAAAAGGCCAACAAUGCCAGCUGGGCCUCCUCGUCUGCCUCUGCAGCGGCAAAGAAGGCGAACCUGGCGGCGGUGAGUGCGAAGGCUGCAGGAGCGGGAUUUGGGGACGCCGAGACAAAGGCUGCGGAGGCGGAGAAAUUGUUUACUGCGGCAGCGGAGAGCGCUAAGACCAUAAUGGACACCGCAAAGAGCGCUGUGGAUGUCAUCAAGGGGGCGGCUGUGAGUGCUCGAAAUGCCUAUGUCUUGGUCUUGGUUUCGUCCGAAGUUGGGGGUUCAGCUGUCACCCCUACAACCGAAAUGACGACUGCAGAGGCGAAAAUGAAGGAGACAGUGGAGAAGAUGAAGGCGACACUGGGGACGAUAAAGGUGGCAGUGGAGAAAACAAUGAAGGAGACAGUGGAGAAGACAAAGGAAGCAGAGCAUAUGCUAAAGGAAGCAGUGGAAAAGGUGAAGGAAGCAGUGGAAAAGGUGAAGGGGGAAGAGAAGACAAUGAAGGAGGCACCGAAGGUUGUUGUGCCGCUGCAGGACAAAGUUAAGCCAGCAGCGGAGAAUGCAGUAGACACGGGGAAGGCGGCUGAAGACUCGCUGAUCCCGAACACAAAAGAGAAGCCAACUGAUGGCGGUACCAUUCAAGAGGACGAAAGCGUUGUGCAGCCAGAAUCUAUUGGUGCGAGAGACACUGCAGCGGACCCAACGGGCAGUGAUGCCCUUCCUACCACAGCUGCGGGUGUUGUGCAUGCAACGGAGACCACAAACACUGCCGCUGCCGAUCCCGACACAUCUACAGUUCCCUCAAUAACAACAGCAACAACAGCCGAUGUGACUACUCCUCUGGGGACUGCGGCUGGCAAGGCGGACGGCAGCACUUAUGCACGGCUGUGUACACCGCUGCUGCUGGUUGUGGGAGCGAUGACCCUUGUGGCUGUGUGCUGA